CCCUCAAUUCGGUGAAAACCACCCAACAAUUUUCCCCGUUGCUUCAACCCCAGAAGCAAUCCGCGAAAUUUCGCGGCGCGUUCACCCCCACAAAUUACCCGGGAAAUUCCCAAAAAUUACGCGACAAAUUCGUCUUCUGCCGGGUGUGGAAGCUCCGGUGCCGAGGGUGAGAGCUGGUGAGGGCGUUGAUACCACUAUCAAAAAACCACGUCUCAACCCCCUCGACCAUCGCUCAAUUUCAACGAGUUCCGGUCUCAUCCGUCAAACUGCGAGCAGCGACUUCGUCAGCAUGACUUCCAAGGUUCUCGUCAAGCUCCCCACGGUGCCAUUCACUCAGGGAAAAAAGCCAGCGAGUGAAUUAGUCACAUUACCAGCAAGAAGUGAGGGACAAAUCAGGGCCCAGGGUAUGACUGAUCGUGCUGCACUGUUAGAGCAGAACAUGAAGUUUCUCCAGGAACAGCACCAGGCGACUCUAAUUGCGCUGCACCAAGAGGUGGAAAUACUACGACAACGAAAUAGAGAUUUACAGUUCCAAUUGGUUUUCACAAAAGGCACCGCCUGUGCAUCAAGUCCAUCAUCACCAGAGGACAAUUCAAAUGGGUUCGUGAAAUCGAAGGGAAGCCCAGUUAGUGUGAAUGUUACUCCUCUACAGAUUGAAUUACUUGAACGAGAUCUGGAGGAACUGAGGGUAUCAUUCAACGAGACGAAGAAGCACAAUCAGCAUCUCCAGGAGGUCAUAGACGAGCAAAAAAUAGAAUUGGAGAAAACUGAUCAACGAAAGGAGCAAACUGUCUCAGACGUGGGGAUUCAGGUGGGGGACACCCAGGAAGUCCACAAUGAUUUGGCAACUCGUCUUGUUGAUGCUGAGGCCUUGGUUAAACGUCUCAGGCGUGAAAAUGCCGAUCAGCAGAGGGAAAUCGCCUCGAUGAAGACGGCAUCUGCGAAAAGUGGAAACAGGAGUGGACAUGGACGAGGUCGUGCCAAUGAAAAUCCUCAUCAUAGUCGAGGGGCUUCUGGCGAUCCUGGACAGUCCAAUCGCCAUCCCUACAAGUUUCCACCUCUCGAGGGAGAGAGCUACUGGAGGAAUACGUCGAGAGGUCGUGGCAGUUACGAGCACCACCCAGCGCACUAUCAGCGUCGGAAUCGUCUGGAGGACGAAGGUACCGAUGGUGACAUGUCCUGCAUAGUCCUGCCAGAAUUGAGAAUCGGCAGCAUGAAAAAUGAGGCCCCAUGCUAUCCCCCAAUGUACCGUUCCCAACGUGGAUAUCACAACGGUGGUAAUUACUACCGAGACAGUGGUAAUCGUAAAUUCCGAGGACAGGGACGUCAGCGUCGAGAUCAGGACUACAAGGACAGAAAUCAAAAGGGCCAGCAGCAGGGCGAGUACAACGACGCACCUCACACGUCUAAAAAAAAUUAAUAAACUCGUAAUUAUACCGAUAAUGUCGCUUGCGUGAGCAGACUCUGUGUUUUAGUUGUUAAAUCAGGCUGAACAGAAAAAAAAAACAAAUAAUUCUCCAUAUUGAAAAUUUUCAAUUUAAAUAGAAUCUUUAAUAUGAAUACUGAGUGAUCCAGAUAACAUUUUCCUCGUAUGUAAUUUGUAGCACAGUGGCUAAUUAUGUAAUUCAGCCUUGGCAAUUAAUUAGUGAUGUCUGUAGCGGUAAUAAACACCACAAGGUCGAGAGUAA